GGCGAACGCUGGCUGGCAGGCUGGGGAGGUGGAGGACGGGGAGAGACGCAGGCUCCGGGAGCAAGCGAAACAAAAAAGGGCCAGGCCUGGGACUUGGGAAAAUCGGGAGAGCGGAGAGAAGAGGGAUCGUCUGUCCUUUCUUUAUUUUUGUUCCUUUUGAGUUCACUUUUUUCGCCUGAAACUUCCCCCACCCACGUCGCCCGUCAUCAGUCAUUACCCAUAUGCCCAUAAGACUCUCAGCGAUGCCGUCCAACACUGUCACCAACACCAACACUGCUGCAUUCAAAGGCUCAGACUUCACUGAUGCACCUGGACACAGAAUGGGUGAGAGCACAAUACUGGACAUGGACCUGAUGACAGAGGAGAAGUCGGCUAAAAGUAGUGCCUCUUGCAAAAUUGGCAAGCCCGGAAGAAAGUUUCCAGUUGAGAGCUGUGGCUCUCUCAAAGAUGGUGUGGGUGUGGGCAACAGCUACACUGGGGUGGGUAGGCCGUCCAUGGCACAGGUCCACAAUGGAGACGUGGGUGGGCACAGAGACAGGACGUCGGACGCCUGCUUCCCCAAACAAGAGAGGAGGGAAGUGGAGAACGGGAUCCCCAGAGACCCCUCCUCCUGUCGGGCAGAGGACAGCUCCCAGGGUCAGAGCCUGAGCCCUUCCCAGGAGAACGGAUUCCUGCCUAGCCGGGAAGAGCAGGACUUGGACAAAGACAAGGACGACAGCCUGACGACACCGCGAAAGAAAAGAGGGAGGCGGAAACUGGAGCGCCCAACGAAAUAUGUGGAGCACAAGGAGGAGGACGGGGGUGAUGCAGUCAAGACCGAGGGAGGUCGAGGCAGGCUGCGAGGGGGAGUUGGUUGGGAGAUCAGCCUUCGUCAGAGGCCCAUGCCCAGAAUAACCUUCCAGGCUGGUGACCCUUAUUACAUUAGCAAGCGGACCAGAGAGGAGUGGCUGGCCAAGUGGAAGAUGGAGGCAGAGAAAAAGGCCAAACUGAUGUCAGAUGCGAUGAUGAGGAGAAUGAGGAGAGGAAGGAGACAGAAGGAGAGAGAGGAAGAAGAGGUAAUAAUAAAGCCAGCGCAGCCGCAGCCGCAUCAGCAGCAGCCGCAGCAGCCGCAGCAGCAGCCGCAACAGCAGCCGCAGCUGCAGCAGCAGCAGCAGCCGCAGCCACAGCAGCAGCAGCAGCAGCAGCAGCAGCAGCCUACUGACCCAGCUUCCCCCACUGUGGCCACGACCCCUGAGCCUGUCUCCAUCGUAGGUGGAGACAAGACGUUCCCCAAGUCUGCAGACACUGAGCCCGAGUAUGAGGACGCUCGUGGUUUUGGCAUCGGCGAGCUGGUUUGGGGGAAGCUGCGAGGGUUCUCAUGGUGGCCAGGCCGCAUCGUAUCCUGGUGGAUAACGAGACGGAGCAGAGCUGCCGAGGGAACCAGAUGGGUGAUGUGGUUUGGAGAUGGAAAAUUCUCAGUGGUCUGUGUAGAGAAACUCCUGCCUUUAAGUUCCUUUAAUAAUGCCUUUCACCAACCAACUUACAACAAGCAGCCCAUGUACAAGAAAGCCAUCUAUGAAGUGCUACAGGUGGCUAGCAGCCGGGCAGGCAAAGCCUUCAUGGCCUGCCCUGACAGUGAUGAGACAGAAACCUCCAAAUCAGUGGAAAUGCUGAACAAGCAGAUGAUUGACUGGGCUAGGACAGGAUUUCAACCCACCGGACCCAAGGCCCUAGAGCCACCAGAGGAGGAGCGUAACCCAUACAAAGAGGUGUACCCUGAGAUGUGGGUGGAGCCAGAAGCAGCAGCCUACACGCCUCCUCCAGCCAAAAAGCCCCGCAAAAGCACAGCAGAGAAACCCAAGGUCAAGGACAUCAUUGAUGAGAGGACAAGAGAGCGGCUUGUCUAUGACGUGAGACAGAAGUGCCGCAGCAUAGAGGACAUCUGUAUCUCCUGCGGCAGUCUGAAUGUUAGCCUUGAGCACCCACUGUUUGCUGGAGGAAUGUGCCAGAGCUGUAAGAACUGCUUCCUAGAAUGUGCAUAUCAAUAUGAUGACGAUGGCUACCAGUCAUACUGCACUAUCUGCUGUGGGGGACGAGAGGUGCUGAUGUGCGGAAACAACAACUGCUGUCGGUGUUUCUGUGUGGAGUGUGUCAACCUCCUCGUUGGCCAAGGGGCGGCCCACGCUGCCAUCAAAGAGGACCCGUGGAACUGCUAUAUGUGCAGCCAGAAGGGUGUGUUUGGUCUGUUGGAACGUCGCACUGACUGGCCCAACCGUCUCCAGCACUUCUUUGCAAAUAAUCACGAACAGGAUUUUGAUCCACCAAAGCUUUACCCCCCGGUCAUGGUGGAGAAGAGGAAGCCCAUUCGUGUCCUGUCACUAUUUGACGGCAUAGCAACAGGGCUGCUGGUGCUGAAAGAACUUGGGAUCCAAGUAGACCGCUACGUAGCUUCCGAAGUGUGUGAAGACUCCAUCACCGUGGGUAUUGUCCGGCAUCAGGGUCGCAUCAUGUAUGUUGGCGAUGUGAGGAACGUCACACGCAAGCACAUACAGGAGUGGGGCCCUUUUGACCUAGUUAUUGGUGGAAGCCCAUGCAAUGACCUCGCUAUAGUCAAUCCUGCUAGGAAAGGUCUUUUUGAGAGCACCGGCCGCCUGUUCUUUGAGUUCUACAGGCUGCUCCAUGAGGCGCGGCCUAAGGAGGGCGACAACCGGCCUUUCUUCUGGCUCUUUGAAAAUGUGGUUGCCAUGGGUGUCAGCGAUAAGAGGGACAUCUCUCGCUUUUUAGAGUGUAAUCCGGUGAUGAUCGAUGCCAAGGAGGUCUCUGCGGCACACCGUGCCCGCUACUUCUGGGGUAACCUUCCUGGCAUGAACAGGCCUUUGACUGCUAUGUGCACUGACAGGCUGGACCUCCAGGACUGUUUAGAACACGGCAGGACAGCUAAGUUUGACAAGGUGAGGACCAUCACCACCAGGUCUAAUUCCAUCAAGCAGGGCAAGGACCAGCACUUCCCCGUCUACAUGAAUGAGAAGGAGGACAUUCUCUGGUGCACUGAGAUGGAGAGGAUCUUCGGCUUUCCAGUCCACUAUACGGACGUGUCCAACAUGAGCCGACUGGCGAGGCAGAGGCUCCUUGGCAGAUCAUGGAGCGUCCCGGUUAUCCGCCACCUGUUUGCACCACUCAAAGAUUACUUUGCUUGUGUUUGAGCAGCAAGAAAACUCGCUCGGAACCAUGUAGAACCACAACUAUAUGUUGUGUCUAGAAAUAAGAGCCUUGAUCCUCAAAUUAUACUCCGGUAUAAUUUGCAAGCGAAACAUUGACGUAGAUUUCACAUUAUUUCUUGUAUUUGAAUUGUAAUUCUUAUUCUAUUUAAUUUUGAUAUGUCAUUUUACCUUUUAGCAGUGUUACCAAGUAUUGUUGAUUUGUUUGUGCAAGCUAUACUUGAGACUAUGCUUUCUUCUCAAGACACUGAGACAGAAAAGUGCUAAUAUGUAUUUUACGGUAAUGCAGUGGGAAACAUCAGAAAGCUAGAAAGUGAUUUUGAGAUAUGUGAAAAGUUUCUGCUGUGUGAGCGUACUGUACGUCGGGGCUGCGAGAUUCCCACCUGCAGUGCAGCCAUGCUUCCAGCUACUGAGCCUCACAGAGAUGUGACGAGAAAGGCGAUUUUCUUCAGUGUCAGGAGAGCUGUGUCUCUGAGAAUCCAAAACACCAGAUCACAUAUACCUCUUUGUUUACAGUUUCUAUACACAACUGAAGGUAAUAAAAGGUACUACUGUAAUAUGGUUACAAUACCAUGGUGCUCCAAAAUGAUUAGAAACAUCAUAGCCCAUGUGGCACUACAACUUUAGACAAUACGGAGCUCUUUAACCUGUUGCUGGAAAAACUUGUUUGAUGUUUUUACACUUAAGAAAAAAAAAAAAUCCGUUCUGUGCCGUUUUGUUCACUUCAAAGGAAACGUAGGAGUGACAGACAGUAGACUGCAAAAAUAGAGCAUAGCCUCUUUUCUGCAUUUUACAGCUUUUAUACAGUUUGUACUGGUGCUCAUUUAAUCUCUCAGCCUUGCUACACUCAGGCUCCCCGCCUGGAUCUGCACAAACAGAGAGUGAAGCUAGCCACAUGGGAAAUGAUGUUUUCUGUCAUUCAAAAAAAAAAAAAAAAAA